CCGCGUGUCCUGUGUUGUUUUCAGCAGCGUGAUAAGGCUCGCCUCGCCGCACAAAUCUAAUCUGUGCGUUUGAUCUCACGGCCACGCGCAAAAACGUGAAAGAUUUACAGACUCCAGGGUGACGAGCAGCUGUCCGGAGGGUUACAAGGUGGACAGUGGAGGAAAAGAGGAAGGAUAGCAUGAUUUUUUUACUGGCUGAUUUCACAUGCAGUGCUUUGGAAAGUUAAAGGGGCCCGGUCUCAUUGAAGGGCGCAGAGUAGGAGGGCAGCUGGGAGCUGAUAGUCCUCUCUCAUCAGCACAGGCUUUUCUGCACUGAGGAGGAAUUCAUGUGAAGUGGGAGGCGCCCGAGCGAGGCGAGCGGCAUGACUGCUGGCCGAAUUUAACAAUUAACCUUGAUGAACACAGAUUGGUUUCACUUAACAGGCGCAGGUGCGUGGAGUUUGGCGCAGCUGAGCGAUCCCACGUUUGUGACUGACGCAUUUUAUGCCAAACACAGAAACUACACGGAGAGAGGAUAUUGCAGCUGAUGUGUUUUUUUCUGAACGGGACAGGAUUGCAAUGGGAGUCCGUCCGAUACCCAUCCUCUUGCAGAAUCCAGGAGCACUGCUGAUUUGAUUUGGAGACCUGUAUCGGAAUUUGACCGCCUUGUCAUUGCCCAACAGCAGCUGAAAGGCAUCUCCUUAACAAGAAAGGACGCUUCACUACUCUCCAUCUGCACACCCGGACGGCUUGAAAUGAGGACCAUUUCCCGGCUGUGUUCCGUGUGAAGAGGCAAAGCGGGGCGGCAGUUUCUUCGGCUCUCAAGGACGAAACAAAAAAAGUGGCCGCCGGCCGAGCUGCGAAGCAUGGAGCGGGACGACACUGACACCGCGAGCGCGUCCAAAAAGACAAUAAUUGCGAAGAUAUUUAAAGUUCGCAAGAGGAGGGAGAUGCUUUUCGUGCAGGUGUGCUUUAUCUGCAGUGUCCUCUUCGUGGCGUGGAGCAUGUCGGCGCUGUUGACCAAGACAGGCCAUGGGAUGAUCGUAGAGAGACAUCCAAAUCAUGAACCCUGGGGAAGAAGGCUUAUGGCUUCAACGCCGGACAACGAAACCGAGCAGAAGAACUGUUCAGAGCCAGCAAUACACGAGUUCCCCGAUGACCUUUUCACCUCCAAUGAACGUAAGAGUGGGGCCGUUCUGCUCCACAUCUUGGCGGCGCUCUACAUGUUUUUGGCCCUCGCCAUAACAUGCGACGAAUACUUUGUGACAUCGCUGGAGAAGAUCUGUGAGAAACUAGAUCUGAGUGAAGAUGUUGCAGGAGCCACCUUUAUGGCAGCUGGCAGCUCUGCACCUGAGUUGUUUGCAUCUGUCAUUGGUGUCUUCAUCACCCACGGCGAUGUGGGGGUGGGGACCAUUGUUGGCUCAGCGGUCUUCAACAUCCUUUGCAUCAUCGGAGUCUGCGGGAUCUUCGCUGGACAGGUGGUGAUGUUGACCUGGUGGGCAGUUUUCAGGGAUUCCUUCUACUAUAUCCUGUCUGUUGUGGCUUUAAUUGCAUUCAUCUACGAUGAGAAGAUAGUUUGGUGGGAGAGUUUGGUGCUGGUGGUCAUGUAUGCUGGAUAUAUUCUUGUCAUGAAAUUCAACUCCAGCAUGCAGAGAUUUUUCAUGGGGUCGAAGUCAGACAAGAACGUGGCCAAUGGUAACGCUGCAGCCAGCAGUGAGAUGGAGGACGGUAAUACUAGUUACUACUAUGUUUGGGAUGACGACCCGUCAUCGCCUUUACUCCCAGGAGUUAAGCCCACCAAGGCUUACAGCCGUGGAUCAGUGGUGAUGGUGGAUGAGAUCAUGAACGCCAGCCCUUCAAAGUUCAGGUUUCCAGAAGCUGGCCUCCGUGUCAUGGUCACCAGCCAUUUUGGACCCAAAACCCGUCUGCGCAUGGCCAGUCGCCUCAUCAUUACAGAGCGCCAGAAGUUGGUCCAAGCCGCCAAUGGAGUGGAGACACAAGUGAUUGACGGAAAGGUUGAAAUAGAGAAUGGAAACGUGCCAGAGGACAAACCCACAGAGGCGCAAGAAAACGAAACCAUCUCGCCGUUUCAUAUUCCAAGGGGGAUCGGCAGCAAGUUUAAGUGGCUGAUCUCGUGGCCUCUGCUCCUGUUGCUGUUCUUUACCGUCCCGAACUGUGCCAAGCCUCGCUGGGAGAAAUUCUUCAUGCUCUCUUUCAUCCUGUCCACCGUCUGGAUCGCCAUCUUCUCCUACUUCAUGGUUUGGAUGGUAACUAUAAUCGGCUACACUUUGGGAAUCCCUGAUGUUAUCAUGGGCAUCACUUUCCUGGCAGCAGGCACCAGCGUCCCAGACUGCAUAGCCAGUCUCAUUGUGGCUCGGCAAGGUUUGGGAGACAUGGCAGUGUCCAACACUAUAGGCAGUAAUGUGUUUGAUAUUCUCGUGGGACUGGGGAUUCCCUGGGCGCUGCAGACCAUGUGCGUCGACUAUGGAUCAGAGGUCAUGAUUAACAGUCGAGGGUUGCUGUACUCUGUGGUGCUUCUGCUGGGCUCCGUGGCCCUCACGGUGCUGGGGAUCCACCUGAAUAAAUGGAGGCUGGACGUGAAGCUGGGCGUGUAUGUCCUGGUGUUGUACGCCAUCUUCCUCUGCUUCUCCGUCAUGAUCGAGUACAACGUUUUUACCUUCGUCAACCUGCCCAUGUGCAUGGAGGAGUAGAGCACAGCAGCAUGCCUCGGAUACCAAAACCUCAACGCUCCCAUAGCAACCCCAAAAUCUUUUUUUUUUUCUUUUCAAUAGCACUGGACCUAACUACAGACUCUUAUUCUCCCCUCUUGCUCUUAUUCUUGUAAUCCUUUCAGUCCCAAAUAUGAAUCUCAUUUCCUCCAAGAGGCAGUACACGCUGUGAGAGUGGACUCCAUUCUAUGUCUCUAAUUUGUCCUCUUGUCACACAGUGCCGGUCCUUAAUGCCCAUUAUUUGGGGCAUUGCCUGUUAUUGCAGUGAAGUCUUUCGUUCCUCUGUGCGCCUGUUAACUUUUUACCCAUCUAGCAUGCCUUUAGAUGUCGGGGACCUCCAGAAUCAUAAGUGCCCCUGUUGAUUGUCGGUGUGUGUUUCACUGUUUUCACAUUGUAGAUUUCCACACACCAUUUCCAAAGCCUUUCCACAAACCAAACCAGAGUCUGUGAAGAAAAAAGAAGCUACAAUUCCAACCAAAAUCCCCAGAUAGAGAAAACUCCUUUUAUUCCUAAAAGAAUUAGGGUUAGCACCCAAGGAAAAAAGUACACUCCAUUUUCCCUAUCGACCUCCACGGAGGAGGGCUUUGUCCUCGGCAGCUCCCCUCCUCCAGCCUGGACCCGACUCCCCCUGGCAUGGCCUUUGGCAUCAGGGAGCAGAUACUGUUAGCGCUUCACCCUCCGCAACUCUUCUUAACCCUCAUCUGCUUGAUCAAAAAAAGGACAUUUUGUCAGGACACAAGGUGAAUCACAGUCCAGAUCAGAUGACUGUGAGGGGUGUUAUGCAUAUGCAGCACUGCACAAUGUAAACUUGUAAACACUUUUUUUUCUUUUGUAUUUAUUUUUUCAAACCGAGGUUUUGUCUAGUACGAAAAUGCAGAGGAGAGCUUGUCGCAAAUAUAGGACAUUGCCUGUUUUUCACUGAAACAAAAUUGCACAUGGAAAUGCUUUUUCUUGCUUUGUGCUGUAAGGAGAUUUGAC